AUUACAAGGAUUAGGGGAAAGCAGCAAAACAAGUAGCCUGAUGCUACACACCUGAGGCGAAAAAGAAGGGUUUACUGUCAUUUUUCUUGUCCGUGUGGCUGGCACUUUAACAAAUCCUGGUUAUUUCAGUGGUUAUGAAGGUGGUUAGCUUUUUUUGGUUGUAGCUAGGUGUGUUACUACAGCAUAAAAUUAAGACGCUAUUUUGUGGAAGACAUACCUGCACAUAGAAGUUAAACCAGUUUUUAUUUAGGUCAAUUCAGAUAGACAUAGCUGAAUUAAAACAUUUUUCAAAGAGUCUUAAGCAUUGGGAUGUUUCCCUCCUUUCCGUUUCCUUCUUCGCCGACGGGAUUACCGAGCACAGUCUUUCACGCAUGCGCGGGAAGACCUAUUGAAGUUCCUUUUUUUUUUUUUUUUAAACAAACUUUGUCGACCCCUCUGAUGGCGGCGCACGUAAAACGUCGGGGUGAGCCCGGCCAAAAGAGCUUGUCGUCUGAGGGAACAUCCUCCACAACCGAAAGACAAACAUCCGGGGAUACCUCAGCGGUGCUGCUGAAGCUGUUAGCGGCGGUCUUUUACGGAGUCAGCUCGUUUCUCAUCGUCGUCGUCAACAAAAGCGUCCUCACAAACUACAGAUUCCCGUCAUCAACAUGCGUUGGAAUUGGCCAAAUGCUGGCUACGGUUGUAGUUCUGAGGAUUGGGAAGAUGUUGGGAGUUAUCUCAUUUCCAGAUUUGGAUUCGAGUAUUCCACACAAGAUGUUCCCGCUGCCGCUGUUGUAUGUCGGGAAUCAAAUAUCAGGACUGUUUGGGACCCAGCGCCUCAAUUUACCCAUGUUUACUGUGCUGAGGAGGUUCAGUAUUUUUCUUACCAUGGUGUUUGAGGGAUUCUUGCUAAAAAAGACCUUUUCUACCUCCAUUAAAACGACGGUGUUCACCAUGAUCUUUGGUGCUUUCAUCGCAGCCAGCGCCGACUUAGCUUUUGAUCUGGAAGGAUACGUAUUCAUAAUGCUGAAUAAUGUUCUGACAGCAGCCAGUGGGGCAUAUGUGAAGCAGAAGCUGGACUCCAAGGAGCUGGGCAAAUAUGGUCUUCUUUAUUACAAUGCUUUGAUAAUGAUUUUCCCCACUCUGGCGUACGCUUACUACUCAGGGGACUUGCAAAUGGGGCUGGAGUAUAAUGGUUGGUCUGAUCACAUGUUUGCUGUGCAGUUUGUGCUCUCCUGUGUCAUGGGAUUUAUUUUGAUGUACUCCAUCAUGCUGUGCACACAGUACAACUCCGCACUCACCACCUCCAUCAUUGGCUGUAUUAAGAAUAUCCUCGUGACAUACAUUGGAAUGGUGUUUGGAGGAGACUACAUAUUCACAUGGACUAACUUUAUAGGUCUGAACAUCAGCAUUGCUGGGAGCUUGGUGUACUCCUAUAUCACCUUCACACAGGAGCAAUCAAAAAAGGCAUAAACCAAAGACUGAAACCCCGCCUGGGACGGAAGAACUUCAGCAAAAUUUUCAUGUGUCGUCUUCUAUGUGGAAAUGUUUUUAUGAGUGGAGGCAAACACAGAGAAGACUCGUGGAUGUAGUGAAAGAGGAAACACAGAGAAGGUUGUUCAGCCAUGAGAGAGGACAAUCUGCUGCGGUGAUCCCUGAAAGGAGCAACCAAAAGACUAUAUGAACUUAAUUUUUAUACUUGUUCAUUUUCAUUAAUUUCCAAAUUAAAAAAUAUCUAUUUUUUAUUAAUUCUGUUUCGAUACAUAACUCGGAAUUAACUGUACAUCAUAAAUAAUUUUCUAAUGAA